UUUCAUAGGCUUUUAAACAUGGUCUGUAGAGUCAAUCUGAUUAAACAGUUACAGUGGAACUAUUGUCAGUCGUCUUUGUGGCUCCAAUGAAGAGACUUUUCAUCACUAACCCCAUAAAAACCAUUUCCAUUUUGUGUUUGAAAAGACCGAUGUGGAAACAAAACAAUAAUAUUAAUAACAUUAGAUGGGACUCUGAACACAUUCUCUCUGUUUGCAUGAUGAGUUUUUUAAAAAUAAAAUAUUUAUUGACAGUUUGCCGUCUAAAAAUUGUUUCUCCUAUUCUACCUUGAUAGACACAGCUUGAUUCCUUCUUUUAAACUUGUAAUAGAAACCUGUGUCCUGUGUGCAGUCAGCCUUGACUGACCAACCGUUUGUUUUGUUUUUGUUUUUGUUUUGUUUUUGUUUUGUUUGUUUGGUUUUUUUUUUUGUUUUGUGCAGGGAAAGGGAUGCGGGAUCAGUUAUAAAAGCACCGUGAGUCGUAGUCGUCGUUAGAUAAACAACAUUUGUCACCAUGACCACCACAGUCGUUGUCGGUACUGCAUAUCCGUCUGUUGAAAACACACACACAUACACAGACACACACUACUCUGAGCUUAAGAAAUAGUUUAACAAGUUAUCUCACCAAAGCCAGGUAGACCAUCAUCACGGACAGGUUGAGAGACUUCACUAACACCGAGGGCCGACACAUCAGCACAAUGACACACCUGGUGGCGAAACCUUUCUUCACACACCUGUGUCUGGACACACAUCACUACACACAAGUGAUGUUGUUUUGUAUGUACCUGUAUUUCUUCUCAGCUGUUCUUGCUUCUGAGAAUGUGGCGCUGAGGAAGCCGGCUCGUCACAUCUCGACUCCAGCCCAAUAUUACAACGCAACGGCUGACAAGGCCGUGGAUGGCAACACCGAUGGUGACUUUUAUCACAACUCCUGUACCCACACUAGUGAAUUCUCCAACACCUGGUGGAAGGUGGACCUGAUGGGCUUCUACAACAUCACCAGCGUGCAGCUCUUCACGAGGACAGACUCAUACGGGGAGAGAUUAAUAAACUUCGAAGUUCGUGUAUCUGGCACUGACCCCACGACCUUUCCGUCCGGUGAAGGACAGCAGUGUGUCUACUAUAAGAGUCCAGUGGCUCUAACAGGAACUUUGCUCAACUGCACUCGUCCAAUCACAGGUCGCUUCGUCAGUGUGUUCAAGCCUGCCAACGAGGUUCUCACCAUCUGCGAGAUUUUUGUCUUCGGGACGAAGCUCGACACCGGAACCUACGAACUAGUGCAGGACAACUCCCGCCUCAGCUCUUCCCGUGUGACGUCACUAACAACAGCGUCGAGCAUUGGCUGCGGUGUGAAGUGCCUUAGUGACGUCACGUGUGUGGCCUUUAACGUCAUGACAUCAGAAACAAGUUCACCACCCGGCGUCACGUGCGAGCUUGUGGGUGUUACAGAGUGGGUGACAAGCAUGACACUGGAAGCCAAGACCGGAUGGAGAGCUUACAAGCGCCUGUUGGAGGGUUAACGUGACGUCAUGGAGAAAAAAAACGUUUGAAGUUAAUGAGGAGAACUUUACUCUGCGACUUGUAAUGAAUUUGUCUUUACACUUGAUUUGUUGUUUUUAUUUCAUAUUUAAUGUAUUUAAUCCCAUAUUUCAUGGGAUAGGCAAGCAAGGACGUCUCCAUUUCAUCCCGGGAUGGAUGACUUUUAAAAAAAUCCUGAGGCUUCAUUGUUUAUUGGCACUAGACUUUUGAUGUCACUGACAA